GGAGCGGAUAAGCCACCUCAGGAGAAAUUAACCGCACAAUGUUUCAUUGAGUAAAACACUGCUGUCACGUGAUCAAUAAUCCCCAGUUUCCCAGAUUAAACUAAACACUCUCAUCUAUAGCUGUAAACCUACUGGAUACAUUUAUAUGGUUUGAAUAAUAGAUUAAAUAUAUGGCUAUAAUAAACAAUUUCCUACGAAAGAAAAAACGUCUUGACGGGUAAAAAUGCAAUACAUAAAAUAACAAAUAUAUGUUAAUACGACAGACCGAUUUACACAGACAGGUGCAUUCUAAUAAUUAUUUUCAAAGUCUAUAUUAGUGCAAUGCAGCAGUUCUAAAUUGAUCAAAUCUCAGAGAGCUACAGGGCGGGGUCACAUAUUUUUCUUCUAUUUUUAAACCUCCACUCAGACACACAGAGAGAGCGAGGGAGAGAGAGAGAGGGAGAGAGAGAGAGAGAGAGAGAGAGAGAGAGAGAAAGACAGGCAAGCAGGCGGGCUGCGAUUAGCAACUCGGAUGGUACUUUCAUUCACUGUAUGCAGAACAUCAUCUUUGCCCGAGGUAAAAACAACAGCUCCACCAGCCGGGCGAGCAGCCUGCACAAUGGGGGUGGGGUUGCUCUGGCAAGCAAGGCAGUCCGCUCCGAGACAGAAGAAGUUGCAUAUACCCCAUAUGCUUUGGAUAUAACCACUCCAAGUUUUUGUUCAAAUGUUGUGGUAGUGCACAUAUAUUGGAUUGGUUGCACUUAUUAUUUAAAAUCUGCAUAACAACAAUCAAAAGUUGAAAACACGGAGAUCACCUUGGCCCUGUCCCCGGAAUGAUGAACAUGUGCACAUGUGGUUCUGUAGCUCAGUGAGUCGAGUGUGAUAACAAACGCCCAGGGUUGGGGGUUUGAUUCUCAGUUGGAGCUGUCCAUGCUAAAAUGCGUAAACCGGAGAAGGCGUAAACACUGUGCAGACAAUCGUCCACAAAAGCAUGCACUGACUUUUAAACAAUAUAUACAAAACUGAAGUUCUGUAAAUCAGAAGUCCUGGUACCCCUGGCUGCGCUCCACCAACCUGUCUGCACGUACGUGACGCAUGGGAGGGGGGAGACUACUUAAAGGCGGAUUAACGCUGGCAAGACAUUAAAUCCAACCUCCCUCCAUCCAGACGCAGCGCGCAGCCCAUCAACCUGACCUGAAGAUCGAAAAUAGGAGGGCUUAUAGUAAUCAGCCCUUCAGACUCCCAUGACAAGAGUGUGGCAACGUCGCGGGAGCGCUCGGAACACACAGCAGGACACAUACUGGCGCUGUGCGCACAGCACAAAAUCAACCAGAUAGCGCGCAGAGAGACGAAGGAAACACCGGGGACGGCAGCAGCAUCCCGUGACGGAUGCGUUUUUUGAGCUAAACCCGGACGCUCUGGAGACCGAAAACCACGCGAGUCAGAGAAAAACAGGACGGGAAAUAACGCGUUUUUUCGGAGGGAUUUGAAAAGAGUGCCGUUGUGCUCUAGUCUUCUCCGGAUGCUCAGAAAUGGGGGAAUGGACUAUACUAGAGAGGCUCCUGGAGGCUGCUGUCCAGCAGCACUCUACUAUGAUAGGAAGGAUCCUACUAACAGUGGUGGUCAUCUUCCGGAUUCUAAUCGUAGCAAUAGUUGGAGAGACUGUCUAUGAUGACGAGCAGACCAUGUUUGUUUGUAACACCUUACAACCGGGCUGCAACCAGGCAUGCUACGACAAGGCAUUUCCCAUUUCACACAUUAGAUAUUGGGUCUUUCAAAUCAUCAUGGUAUGCACCCCGAGUCUUUGUUUUAUCACGUACUCGGUGCAUCAAUCGGCCAAGCAGAAGGAGCGGCGGUACUCAACAGUCUAUCUGACACUAGAUAAGGAUCAAGAUUCACUGAAGCGAGACGAGAGCAAAAAGAUCAAGAACACCAUUGUUAACGGAGUACUUCAGAACACAGAGAACUCCACCAAAGAAGCCGAGCCGGACUGUUUAGAAGUCAAAGAGAUCCCUAAUUCGGCAAUGAGAACUACAAAGUCCAAAAUGAGGCGACAAGAGGGCAUCUCCCGGUUUUACAUCAUCCAGGUGGUUUUCCGAAACGCGCUGGAGAUCGGCUUUUUGGUGGGUCAGUACUUCUUGUACGGAUUCAACGUCCCGUCGGUGUACGAAUGUGACCGCUACCCCUGCAUUAAAGAUGUCGAGUGCUACGUCUCCAGACCUACGGAGAAGACCGUGUUCCUGGUCUUCAUGUUCGCGGUCAGCGGGUUCUGCGUGGUGUUGAACCUGGCAGAACUCAAUCAUUUGGGGUGGAGGAAAAUCAAAACCGCCGUGCGCGGUGUGCAGGCUCGGCGGAAGUCCAUUUAUGAAAUCAGAAAUAAGGACUUGCCGAGGAUGAGUGUACCUAAUUUUGGCCGCACUCAGUCCAGUGACUCUGCUUAUGUGUAACACAUGGAAAAGAAGCAGCGAAAACAUGUAAAAAAGAGAACAUGAUGGACAUGGUGGACAGCUCGCACGCCUAAUUCGCGUCAUGACCUUAAGAGUGGGCAGAUUUCUUUGAUUUGUUGGUUGGUCUUUUAAGGACUUCAUGGCAAGUGUGGGUUACACGUUUGUUGACUCAUUUAUUAUUGCACUGAUGCAACUUUUUAGUAACAUUUAUACUCUGUAAGAUGCUUAAUGGACAUGUUCACACAUUUACUCGUUGUGGGCUUGUUCUGCUGUACUUGAAGAGAGUAAAUGCAAAAAUUGCACUACGAGGUGAACACUUGAGGGCCUGACCUUAUCCAAAAUGUGCUACUGACCUGACGGUGUUUUUAAGACUUUUUCUUUCUAACUGUUUUUGGCAUCAAUCUAAUUAAAUGGCAUCGUACACAGUGUUUAAAGGACAGUGCUAUCAUCCAGAUUUAUAUUUGCAUAGAUAUAAACAUCCUUACUGGCUACGAUACGACCUAUAGUUGAAAUACAUCAUCGUGAUUCAUAUUUUUAUGUUGCCUGUGUUGCACCACUGACCUUAACAUAUGUAACCAUUCCAUUGCUUUAGAGCUGACUUGCAAAACAAUAUCUGGUGAAUUUGCUGCACACGCUAACGUCUGUGACUUCCUUAAUUUAUGACACACCAAAGCGCCCACUGCUUUUAUUUGUGAAGUGUUUUUUCUUGCUUUUGUGUAAUCAAGUGCCAUACUUGUAUAUAAACAUGAUAUAUAUGUAUACAUAUAAAUAUAUAAAUAUAUAAUAAUCAUCAUGAAAGCUGAUACCCUGCUUGGAUUAUGCUAAAUGCCUCCCAAUUUUUUAUUUGCUUUAAAUGUAUUUGUUGUGAUUUAAAUGAAAACAGAAAAAAGAAAGUUAAUACAGUUUUCUCCAUUUUAUUUUGCAAAUGACUGGAAAAAUAAAUGAAAUGCUAGUCUUUUUUUAUAUUCAAGAAGUAAAUGUUUCUCCCUAAUCAAAGCUGAUCAAAACUGAAAAAUAGCACAAAUUGACAUUUUUAUCAAAGAAUGGGCAAUAGAAAUCUGCUCCGGUGCUACAGUUUUUCAUAGUGGUUUCAAUGUAACCAAAACCAACCAGAAAAAAGAAACAUCUUUUUUUUCUGUGGAAAAUAAAAGUGGGAUUCAUGUACACCAG